AGCCCAGGGCUAGUGCGCUCCCGAAGCCCUGGCAGCCGGGUGCAAUCUCGCCCGGCCAGCAGGCUUCAUGGCGGCGAGGCCGGUGUCCCGGAUGCUGCAGCGGGUGCUGAGGUCCAGCGUCCGGAGGUGCAGCUCGGGCGCUCCAGUGACGCAGCACCGCCCGGGGGAGCCCUCCCGAACUGCUGCGGAGGAGCUGUCCAGGCGGAGACAGUUCCUGAGGGAGCACGCGGUCCCCUUCUCUGCCUUCCUCACUGACAGCUUCGGCCGGCAACACAGCUACCUGCGAAUCUCCCUCACCGAGAAGUGCAAUCUCAGAUGUCAGUACUGCAUGCCUGAGGAGGGUGUCCCACUGACCCCCAAGGCCGACCUGCUGACCACAGAGGAGAUCCUGACACUUGCACGGCUCUUUGUGAAGGAAGGUGUAGACAAGAUCCGGCUCACAGGGGGAGAGCCGCUCAUCCGGCCAGACGUGGUGGACAUUGUGGCUCAGCUCCACCGGCUAGAAGGGCUGAGGACCAUUGGCAUCACCACCAACGGCAUCAACCUAGCCCGGCUGCUGCCUCAGCUUCAGAAAGCUGGUCUAAGUGCCAUCAACAUCAGCCUGGACACCCUGGUGCCAGCCAAAUUUGAGUUCAUUGUUCGCAGGAAAGGCUUCCACAAGGUCAUGGAGGGCAUCCACAAGGCCAUCGAGCUGGGUUAUAGCCCUGUGAAGGUGAACUGUGUGGUGAUGCGAGGCCUGAACGAGGACGAGCUCCUGAACUUUGUGGCCUUGACCAAGGGCCUCCCCCUGGAUGUGCGCUUCAUAGAGUACAUGCCCUUCGAUGGCAACAAAUGGAACUUCAAGAAGAUGGUUAGCUACAAGGAGAUGCUGGACACCCUCCAGCAGCAGUGGCCAGAGCUGGAGAAGCUGCCUGAGGAGGAAUCCAGCACAGCCAAGGCCUUUAAAAUCCCUGGCUUCCGGGGCCAGGUCAGCUUCAUCACAUCCAUGUCUGAGCAUUUCUGUGGAACCUGUAACCGACUACGAAUCACAGCUGACGGGAACCUCAAGGUCUGCCUCUUCGGGAGCUCAGAGGUGUCUCUACGGGAUCACCUGCGGGCAGGGGCCUCUGAGGAGGAGCUGCUGAGGAUCAUCGGGGCCGCUGUGGGCAGGAAGAAGCGGCAGCAUGCAGGCAUGUUCAGUAUUGCCCAGAUGAAGAACCGGCCCAUGAUCCUCAUCGAGUUACCUUUGAUGCUCCAAGAUUCCCCACCAGCCAUUUCCUCCCAGGACCCCUUUCACGUUCAGGGUAUAAGACACAGAGUGAGUUUCUCCAACCGGAUGUCGACUUGGUGGAAAGGAUGCUGGGUCUCCCGGACCCCUCCUCUGGGCCAACGGUGGUCCAACUCCCCUCAGAGACACUGCAGUUCCCACCUAGACUCAGAUGCCAACCCAAAGUGCCUUAGUGCAGUGUCCGGGGCUCCUGCCACCCCCUCAGGACCCCUGCCAACCUCGGACCACCUAACCCAUGUGGACACAGAAGGACGGGCAGCUAUGGUAGAUGUGGGUGGGAAGCCAGACACAGAGCGGGUGGCUGUGGCCUCAGCCGUGGUCCUCCUGGGGCCUGUGGCCUUCAAGCUUGUCCAGGAGAACCAGCUAAAGAAAGGGGAUGCCCUGGUGGUGGCCCAGCUGGCCGGAGUCCAGGCGGCCAAGCUGACUAGCCAGCUGAUCCCUCUGUGCCACCACGUGGCCCUGAGCCAUGUCCAGGUACGGCUGGAACUGGAUGCUGCACGCCAUGCCGUGGGGAUCCGAGCAUCUUGCCGGGCUUGGGGCCCUACCGGGGUGGAGAUGGAAGCCCUGACCGCGGCUGCCGUGGCUGCCCUUACUCUGUACGACAUGUGCAAGGCUGUCAGCAGAGACAUUGUGUUGGGUGAGAUCAAGCUCCUUAGCAAGACUGGGGGUCAGCGGGGGGACUUCCAUCGGACUUAGAGCUCUUGCCUCUCACCCCCAGCCCAGCCGGGUCAAGAUGGGAUGUGGUUCCAGCAAGUUCCUGUAACCCCAUCACUGUUUAUCUCCAAGGUCAGCCCACCCCUUUCCUGCUUUAUGAUCUAGAGUGACCAGCUCAGCCUCCUGUCAGCCUUCCUGGACACCACAGUCAUGGAAGGGGGUCCCCAUGAGCAGUGCUAGAGAACUGAAAAAUCACAUUGUCUGAAGUAGUCUCCAGAUAACACGUCCGGUUUCAGACAGCCUAGUCCCUAACUUCCACUUCUCAUUUUGGGUUUUCUCUUCUCCUUCUUUGGGAGAGAAUAAGGGCUCAUGAAGCAGAGGGAACCCACUUUGAGGAGGGAAAUGCACGGUUUGCAUUAAGAAUGUUCCACAAAUCCUCUAAAGCAGCUUUGCCUUCCUGAGCCGGGAGCCACAACCCCAUCCUUUCCUGCCUCUCCACCACCCCUCUGAAGGGGCCAGGUACCCUCUCCUUUUGCCUGAGUCUGUGUCCCAUCAAACUUGCAGGGUUUUGGCUUAACAAUUGCACUUGUCCUGCUGCCAGCUCCUUUUCCUAGGUCCCUUCCUCUUGAACAGGACACACGUGAGCAGUAGCCCUGGGGAUCCCUGACCCAAGCACACGUCCCACCCCUGGCCCUGUGCACUGCUGUUCCACCCGCUGCCCACACCCCUUUAUUCUGGAACAUAUCAGGGAAAGAAGAGAGUUGAAGAUUGCCUUCGCCCUCACAGCGCACAAAAUAAAGCCACGAUGCCAACUUUG